ACUCUCCCAGUAACUCCGCCCUCUUCACAAUCAAGUUGAUAACAGAAGAAACAUGCCUUACUGUUAUCUACUAACAAUGUGGACCCCAACAACAGAAGAAGGUAAUAUUGAGCCUCUCUAGUUGGCGGACUAACCUCCUGCAAAUGAGCCAAAGCUGUCACACCUAACAAACCAUGCCCUCUGUAACACUAAGAAUCUUUGGCAAACUCUCCAACCUACGCCCCCUGGCCCAAAUCCGCACGAUCCACGCCCAAUAGUGCUCGCAUGUCAUCCUCCAGUGACAUCUUCUCUAACUACCUCAGAUCCACUGCCAUCGCCUCUUCCUCAACCGAAAUGUCAAGGGAUGUGCACCACGUCGUGAAGGAGGAUCGUCAUCUCUCCAAACGACAUGUGGAAGGUGUUGGUAUCCGACUGCCACCUCUUCACAAAUGCCGAUAUGAGAGCAGUGUCCAGCUCGCUCUGAAAGGUGAUAUCUACGGGGUGAGAAAGGCCCGAUGUCUCUACAGUACCCAAGCAUGAUAAUAUGAGAUCUCGUAACCCCGUAGAAUGUGCUGAAGCGUCGUACUCCUAUUGUAGCAAGUGAUCACCCCUCUAUCAGUCUAUCCCGUGUAAAGACGGUGGGCAACAUGCACAAGAAAACUACGGAGCAAACACGGGUCACUCAGCCCUCCAACACACGGUCUUCUAAGCUCCUAGGCCUCUCUCACAUCAGCAUUACCCCAUCUGGCCCUCACCGGGUUGUGGAGCUCUGUAGAAACGCCCCGCGUGGUCUCUAUAAAUCUCAGUAAUGACGUGUGAUGAUUCGCUGGCGGUACCUCUAUCUCUCAUCAGAUUGCCUCGUGGAAUGCAAUCCUCAGCAGCAUCUGACUCAUACUACUCAGACUCAUCGUCAAUCUCGUCUAAAGUCUCAAACGGUGAAGUAUGAUGAUCCACCGUCCCAAAGCUGUGACUGGAAUGACCUCUACUACCAACCAUACUAGCCAACUGAAAAUUAAACUGAGGAAAGCCAUCUUCCCUCAAUCUCAUCGGUGGCUCUAACUGAUGUGGUUGUGGCUCAUUCUCAGGCUCUGACUGCUCUCCCAACCUAUCUCUACGCUUUGACUUCUUAUUAUUUCUAUAUUUCUAUCACUCAUACUAAUGUUACGCCCAUCAAAUCUCCACAAUUUCUUUCCUCUUCCUCCAACAUCAGCACCUGACGCCAUCUCUAAACAUAGUAAAUAAUUAUAUAUUAAUUUCUCAUAAUAAAUUAAUUUUUGAGCAAUGUAUUCACAAUUUUUUACCAUAGACUAAUUAUGAUACAUACAACUUAUUAACUAAUUAAUUUAGUUAGAUAGUUAUUUCACUAAAUACGAUAGACUAUUAUUUUAUGAAAUACAAAAUGUAGUCUUUGCUACUUUAAUUAAAUACACAAUUAUUUAGACUUAUAUAAAAUCAAUAUAAUAAAUAGUUAUUUAACUAAUAUUAAAUACUAAUUAUUCAACUAACUAAUUUACCAAAUUGAACAUUUGAAAAUUUAAAUAGAAGAUUUGUCCAUAAUCGAAAAAUCGAAUAUUUUCACAAUUAAAUACUCAUUAUUUAACUAAUAAUUAAAUUUCUGUAAUUUGUUCACAAUGUUAUAUCUUUUUAACUAUUGGAAAAUUGAAGAUUCAGACAAUUAAAUAAUUAACAAAUUACAAACACUAUUUAAUAUCACUAUUUUACAUUUACGAUUUAGUAACUAACAAUUAAAUACUAAUUAUUAUAUUAACAAUCUAAAUAUUACUUAAAUAUUAUUUUUUACUAAAAAUAAAAAUAUAAUCAGUUGGAAUGGUCAGCCUGUAGCCUAAUCGGUCUGGUCCGUACAGGUGGACGGCGUCCGACCCGUCCGGCGACCAUCGCUUCUAUCAGUUACCGGCGGGAACCCAAAAAUAUUUCUAAGUCGGCGACGGCGACGGCGACGAUAAUUGACGCGGGGUGGGCGGCUGCGGUGGUGGGCUCGCGACAACUGCAGUGGUUGGUGGCUGGCGGCGGAGGUGCAAGGUAGACGGCGACAGAGUGUGGUGGACGGCGGCGGAGUUUCAGUCGGGCGGCGGAGAUCUGUGGGAAGGAGCAGCAGAAGUGGGAGAGAAGGGAAGGGAGGUGAGGGGUUGGGUUGGGUUGGUUUGGGCUGGGGGUAGAUAAGUUCAGGAUUUUAAAUUAGAGAAGGGGCAAAUUCGUCAUAUUUUUUGUAACUACGGGCGGCAAAUAGUAAAAGUACAAGCGGCAAAUAUCGAUUCACUAGAUUUAGACUUCUAAAUAAAAUAAUAUCCUUUUAAUCAGUUUAAUUAAAAAAUAAAAGUUAAAUGUUGAU